UCAUCCUGCAGAAAUUUGCUGCACAUAUAUAAACAUGAUCUCACUUCAAUGACAUAGCUACUUAAAAUUGAUGUUCAAAGCUUUUUAACUUGGAUUCAUGAAAAUUACCUGCCUGAGAUUAAACAGCAUGAGAAGGAUGCAAUAGAGGAAUAUAGCGUGGUUCUAAUGUGAAGUUGGAUGAUAUCUAAGAGAGCAUAUGAACUUGAAACAUAGGCAGACUUUGAUAAAUCCAACCACCGGACAUAUCUAUGUAAUAUAAAUGCUUCAUGAUACCGUGGUCUCUACAGAAUCUGGUGGAGCCAAGGACAAGAAGAAUCCAAAUGUUGAUACAGAGUCUGAUGCAGCCAAGCAAACAGAUCACAAUGGAGAUGCCGGUGAUAUCCCUAAUGAAGAAAGCUCUGCAAUCAAAAACAAGAAGAGACAUCAACGUUGGUUAAGAAUAGCCGUCUAUGUUGUCUCUGUCUUGGUGGCGCAAUCAGCUGCAACACUCUUGGGAAGACAGUAUUAUCAAGAAGGUGGACACAGCAAAUGGUUGGGAACACUUGUCCAGCUUGUGGGUUUCCCUAUUCUCCUCCCGUUGUACUCUAUCCCUGCAUCCAAAAAAAAGUUUGCUACAAAUACCGUUAUUCACAACCAGGAACAGCCCCCGUUUUCAAAGCUAGCACUUGUUUAUGUCACCCUUGGCCUUAUUGUGGCAUUAGACUGUUAUUUAUACUCUGUUGGCCUCUCUUACCUUCCUGUUUCUACUUUUUCUCUUAUUUCCUCCUCCCAAUUAGCCUUCAAUGCCUUCUUCUCCUUCUUCCUUAAUUCACUCAAAUUCACACCGUACAUCAUAAACUCUUUAGUCGUUUUAACAAUCUCCUCCGUCAUCCUUGUCUUUCAUAUUGAUUCUCCUUCAGCAUCCACACAAGUUUCAAAACAGAAGUAUGUGAUUGGGUUCAUAUGCACAGUUGCUGGUUCAGCCGGGUAUGGACUGGUGCUUUCUCUGACACAGCUUGCAUUCGGGAAAGUCUUCAAAAGGGUAAAUUUCAAGGUGAUUCUAGACAUGAUAAUAUACCAAUUCCUUGUGGCAACAUUGGCAACACUGGUGGGGCUGUUCGCUAGUGGGGAAUUUAGAGGUUUGCAGGCAGAAAUGAAGGAGUAUAGAACGGGGAAGGCAAGUUAUGUGCUGAACUUGAGCUUUGCUGCUAUAACAUGGCAAGUUUUUAGCGUGGGAAGUGUGGGUUUGAUUCUGGAGGUGUCGUCUGUGUUCUCAAACGUGAUAACUGUUUUGGGUUUGCCAAUUGUACCCAUUUUGGCUGUAAUAUUCUUCCAUGACAAGAUGAAUGGAUUGAAGGUGAUAUCUCUGUUCCUUGCUCUUUGGGGCUUUCUCUCAUACACCUACCAGCAGUACCUGGAUGAGACCAAUUCCCAGCCUCAGCACAGAAACAGUGAUGCUUUAUCAAGAGACUCGCUCAAUGGAGUAUCUGAGCAAGUAGAAAACAGGACAGUAUGAAACUGGGAGUGCAAGAAUUUCUCUCAACACACACACACACACAGAUAUAUGGAAGCAUGCAUGUAGUUGAAUUCUUUUCUUACAAGGCAAUCUACAGAUUCUCAAUGUUGUGAUGCUAAGACGUAGAAUUCUUCAGUCUAUCUCACAGAAGAGAUCAUUUUCAUGGGUCUCUCAUGCACGUGAUACGCAUGCAAAUUCUUGGAAGGCUCAGUUAACAGAUGGGACCACCAAUUUAUUAUUUGUAAUAAGUGGAAACAGUUGGGAAGUGAAAGCUUCUUUCAUAAGUUGAUAAAUACAGAACCCCACCUUAAUUUAUUAUAAUAAAUACUCGUACAAUGCAAUAUUAGUGCCUGGGACAUUUCUUUUAAUGACUAA